AGGAGGCGCGGCGGGCCGGCGCCCCCAGCCACCGAGCCUCCGACCUGUGCGCUGGGCCCAGCUGCUGUCGCUUCGCCCGCUCGCUUCCUCAGCCCUGGGGGCAAGGUCAUCCGCGCCCUGGAGCCGCCCUGUCACUCGACAGCCAUGAACUGCAGCGAGACGCGGCGGCUGAGCACUCUCCUGAGACGCCUGCUGCUAGAGCUGCACCACCAGGGCAACGCCAGCAGCCUGGGCGCCGGCCCCGGCGUGGGGGUGGUGCCCGACCCCUCUGCGGGCCGCGAGGUGACGAGCGCCAAGGGCGACGACGCUUAUAUCUACAUCCUGCUCAUCAUGAUCUUCUACGUCUGCCUGGCCGGGGGGCUCAUCCUGGUGUAUAACCGUUCCCGCAAGCUCGUGGACGACAAGGAUGAGGCGGCCCCCGCCUACGUGGAGCACGAGUGGGCCCUGGGAGGGGCCCUGGCGGAUGCCGAGACAGCCGCUACCUCUCCGGCCCCGGGCAGCCGCCAGCUCGCCCCUGGGGGGCUGCCUGCAUGCUCCCAGGGCAUGGAGGGGGUCUAGAGAAACAGCACCCCCCCACACACACCCCUGCUUGUUUGCUCUGCUCUCCUCAUCUUGCUUCUGCAUGGUGUGGUGCCGGCCUUUUUCCUUUCAGUCCCUUCCAGGGUUGGAGCCUCCCCCAGGCCCACACUCUGAGGAGAGGCCUGGGGACCUGCAUCUGCAGGGCCUCGGCAGACACACCACCCUCCCAAAUCCGGGCCCUUGCUCUCUCCUCAGCCUCACAGCAGGCCUCGGGCCCCAGGCCCCUGCACACCCCACUACACUGAACUGCCUCUGCUCUUUUGUCUUCAGACAGCCCUCACACCACUUUGCAGCCGCGUGGAGCUGAAUCCAUCACGUCUCGCCCUUGGCAUUGGACUGCAGCAAUAAAAUGUGGCUGAAUGCUGGGCCGUCUAACUGGAAGCUGCUCGCAGGGCUGCUGCCAGCGACUUGUCACUCCGAAGAGCCAAGGGGCUCACCCACACUGCCAAGCGGUCGCCGUAGCUCCAACUUCCUGUUGUCUUAGGGAUAGAGACAUUGAAAAGGAGGAGACUUCAGCCAUCUUUCUUGCUCAUCCGUUUUUCAGAAGAGAACUAGCGAGACUCUAAGACCACUCUGUGCUAGAAUGGACUUACUGGAGACUGAAAGGGGUGGGGCCUCAAAGGAGAGGGUGAAUCCUGUGAUCCCAUCUGUAUGGUUUUCUUGCAGCCAGUUGUCAUCCCAAAGGUAACUUGAUUGACUUUUAAUGGCCUUGCCAUCUUCUGCUGUUGAUAUAAGCCCUGCUGGGCCUAUCACUCCCAAACAUCCAAAUGCCUUUUAUUUCUUGGUUCAAUGUUAAUGGCUUUGGCCACCGAACAGUUCAGAUGCUCCUUGCUUUGUAAACUGGGAGA